UCUCCCACUCUCUCUUCACCUCUACCUCUGCAGUCCCUCUCUCGCUCAUUCCACCCUGUGCCGGCUGGGGAGACACGCGCUUUCUGCUUUUCUGCCUGGCUGCUGGCUCUGCUCCAGCAUCUCUCUGUGCCUCUUGUGUGCUCUUCUCCCUCCCUUCAGCCUAUGUCUCCCCCUGUGGGGCUUGUUGGCCAGCCUGCUUCCCUGGCUGUUGCUGCUGCUGCUGGAGCAGUGGAGCCGUUUGACACUACGCUGCUACGCCGCUAUUGCUCUGCCUCACUUCUCCUCUCUGCCUUUCGCCUCACACUCUGCUUUGCUGGAUAAUCACCACUGAGUCUACCAGAGACAGCGACAGAGAACAGGAAGGGAGGGAGGCAGAGAGAGAGACAGCCUGCACUCUUCAUUCAACUGCUGCAUUCUUCAGUCUGUCUUUUCCUCUGCUUUCCUGGGCUGCUGGAGUGUAGUGCUGGGAACAACUGGACGGAAGAGAGCUCCCUGAAGGAAUUUAUCCUCCUCUCUUUGCGCUUCCUCCCUCUGUUCAUUCCUGGGACAGAGUGCAGAAGAGGAGAGAAGAGGGAGGGACUGGGAGCAGGACUUCAGACUGCCUCCUUCAGCUGCACGGCUCAGUGUCCCACCUUGUUUCAGAGACACAUGAGAGAAACACACACAGACACAGGAAUAUUUGCAUAGAUUAGACACAACUUAGGCUAACCAGACUAGCAGACAGGGGGGACAGAUUGAUAAACACACACACACACACAGACAAGACUACAGACAGACAGACAGACAGGGGGUGUCAUGGCGUCAGUGGACAGCGCUGGUUCGAGUGUCUCUGGUAGGCUGAGAUCGGGGGAUCUACUUCAUGCUGGUCUGGCAGUUGCACUGCUGCUCGGUGUAUGGAGUGUUGGUGGACUAGAGGUUUCAACAGGUAAAGUGUCUUCAAUUGAAGCAAUGAAUGGCUCCACAGUUCUGCUGCCCUGCACCUACUCCUCCUGUAUCGGCAUCAAAAAUCUCUACUUCAACUGGCACUAUAAUGACAAUGGGACCAUGUUUAAGUUAUGUGAAGCGGCGAUCCCUAUGGAGGGUGUGGAGCCCAGAGUCAAUGUGUACCAUGAACGUGUGGAGUUUGUCGGCUCCUCAAAGAGCAACAACAUCUCCAUCCUGCUGUGGAACAUCACCUUUGAAGAUCAAGGAGACUAUAUCUGUUUCGCCAGAAACCCAAAAGAGAAGAACCGCAACCACAGUGCUACCUUCACUCUUAUAGUGGUGGACCAAAUGAAGGAGGUUGACAAUACUUUGACAGUCAUCAUUGUUUCAGUGCUGGGUGGAGUCAUUGGCUUAGUUAUCAUUGUCAUGGUGAUAAAGGCCUUGGUUGUCCACUUCCUGCUGAAGGAUGACGAAAAGAAUAAAGAGUGCCUGGUGAGCUCCUCAGGGAAUGACAAUACAGAAAAUGGACUUUCAGGAGCCAAAGCUGACAACAAAGGGACACCAAAGGCAUGAGCAAAAUGCAAAGUAUGUCUGUAUGUUUGUAUAUAUGUUAGACAAAUGUACACGCUCAGAGAAAAUGCUGUUAUCAGUGGACUGUUUUAUCUUACUAGUGGCUAACUAAUACAACAUGUAAAUGUCUCUUUUAAAUCAUGCUUGAGAUUUGGGAAGUGUGAAAUGUGCAUAGGCCUGGAUCACUCCCUCACUUACAUGGCAGCCCAUUUGUUACACAGUGUAUAGCCUCUGUUAUCAAAUUCUGCUCUGUAUCUUACUGAACCUCACACUUUCUCCACACAUCAGCCUCAAGUAGAUUUGACAUAUAACUAUUACAUUAUGUUAGAGGAAGUUAUUUUUUUAAUGGAACGACUUUGAGGGUUCAACUGCCACUCCAAAAUACAAUUACCAGUCUCAGUUCACAAGCUACAGUAUGUUUGAUUCUCCAUUUAGAAGUCAUGGGGCUAGUGUAAUCCACAACUCUGAGUCAAACUUGGACCCAAACACACCUGACCAGUGGGAACACACACACUUUGAUAUCACAAUGAAUUGCCAUAAUCUAUAAACUGCCAUAAUGUCAACUGGAGAACAGCACAAAACUGCUGAAAUGCUUUUUUCUAACCCUCACACAACACACAUAUCCACCAGUAAACACAAACCAGAGGACCAUUCAUCAAGAAAAUCUAUUCAUUACUUUUUACAGUGUUUACCAGCAGUGUUUGGUCAUAACCAAAUAAAAUACUAUAAUAGAUAUAACAUAAUUAAUAUACAUUUACCUACUUUCUUACUAUUCUUGUGAUUAACUAGCAGACCAUAUGCUGGUUUUCUAGAGGUCUUUAAAGCUAUUUUUCCUGACCAUUUUGUCCUGAUCUAACCAUUGACCCUAAUCUCUGCCAUGCCAGCCUGAACUUUAACGUUCAUGUUUACUGCUGGGCCCAGGUUUGACACACUGUUGGGGUGUGCCUGGUUCAUUAAUACGGACAGCACAUUUUGAUCAGCUGCUGGCUAGCUGAGUCUGACAACUGGGCUUUCUUUAGUGACUUGAGGAUCCAGUUCUGCACAGGUUUUAUUGUUUUGCUUUAGACGAAACACAGGUGCCUGUUCUGCUUCUGCUCCCCCUGCUGGUGGGAGGAUAAAAACACAGAAAAUGUAUUUAAAAAAAAAAAACAACCAACCCUCACCCUCACCCUCAUCAAAGACAAUCCCCAGACUAUCCAGCUCCCUAUAGAAAGGAAUGAACUUAAUCAUGCUGCUUCUGACUAAUAACCAAUGCAUUUUUAGCAUGUGCGCAUUUUAUAUAAUGUCAUAUAAGUAUAUGUUGUCUAGUAUCACAGUACAGGAACAUUUCUGUGUGUCUCUGUAUGGUCCCAUUUAACCCUUCACAUCAACCUCAACUGACUGAAGCUCUGUCAAUGCCCAAUAAGCACCUCCAAAAACACUGCUACAACUACUCUUACCCCUUUAACCAGGUCAGGGUGAUUGAACGGUGACUUCUUUUAGAAUAAUGGCCCACAGGUAUUUGUGGCGAAGUGUCUCUAAAUUUUAGUUAUAAAAAUGAAACACUGCUAAAAAAAGUUUGAGAUGUUGGCAUUAUCCUCAAUGGCACGUCAGUGGGAUAUAGUGUAAGUGGGGAGAGCAACAUACGUAUGCAGUUCUCCAGAUACCAAUUUACUUUCCACACAUAUAGGCAGACUCUUAACUGACCACCCUCCAAAGCAAACUCGCUCAGUUAACUGUUAUAAAACACUUUAACAAUACAGUACACAUCUUUAAUUAUGCUGAAGAGUCCAAACAAGUUUAUUGAUACAGCCUCAGUAAUACAGGUAGCACAGCAUUGGAACAGAUCACUGAAAAAGAAUGUAAAGACUCUGUCAGGGAAUAUCUGUUAAAUAUAUAUGUUGUCCAAAAAGAAUAUUUUAGUUCAUUGCAAAAAGAAUAUCCAGUGUUUAGUGUUAUUAUAAAAUGAAUGUGUGAAUAUCCCAGUAGGCCAGUAGUUCAUUUUUCUGUAAUUUUAUAACCAGCCAAUACUUUCAGUGUUUCACUCAGUUCAGAGUUCAGAUUAGCCAACUAUUAUUUGCUAUGACUAUAUAUAAAAAUGUAGGGAAAUGAAGAUUAUCAGAUGUUUGUUGUGAGAUUUUAAUAGUACUGGUGUCUUAGUACUUAAAGAAUGUUCAAGAGUUUGGUGGGAACUGAGAGUUGUUGGGAGUAAAUUAACACAAUGAAAAUAUAUAUAUAUAUAUGUAUAUAUAUAUACAAAUACAAACAUAUACUAAUUUAAUUGAAUAUGCUUAAACAUUUUAAUUAACAUUUAAUAAGUAAUCACUUUCUGUUUUAGAAAAACAGAAAAAGUCAACAAAGUCUUACUUCUCUACUUCACCCUAUGAUAAGUCAACAGAGAUUAACUCAGUGCUAAGAUGCCCGUUGGAAACUAGAGCCCCUCUACGCGACUGAGUAUGAGAGGUCACUUCUGUCAAGCUGGCAGUCAUGACCUGCCACACCCGCGUACAUAGCUUGAAUAGCUAUGACAGCUGAAAGCUGCUCACACACACACACACACAUGCACAUACAUCACACGCCUACAAAUGUACUCACAUACUAAGAGCCACUUUGAUACCAGAGAGUAGUACACUGGCCUUGCAUACAAACAAUACAGCACUUUACCACUGUUCAGAGUGGCUGCACAAAACAGGAAAUCAUGGGAAAGACUUCACAGUCAUUGUUCUUUUUUUAAUAUACAGUAUUACAAGAUUUAACAAAAAACGUUUCAUUUUUCACAUUGUGAUUGUCAUGUUUGAUUGAGCACUCUGACAACUGCAUUGUGUAAAAAUGUUUUUUAGCACUGUCUGACUACAUGUUGUCUCACGGGAACAGAGCUCUAUGGCAAGAUUUAUCUUAUUUUUCUAGUCGUUCACUUCUGUCAGCCUGCUGCUCUCUAAUACUAGAGUGCAUUUCCCUUCUUGCUUUCAAUGGAAGCAAUAAGACAGACAUCAGAUUAUGCAAUAAACCGUUAAAAGGCACUUUAUAGAUGUGUCUGGACUGGCUGUAAUGGCAACUCUGUCUGUCCAAGGCACUGUUCAUUGUACAGAUGAAUCUACACUGUACUAGUGUAUCUCAGUUGGACUAAUGUAUUGGCAUGAGGUUCAUAUAUCUACAUUAGACAGAUUUAACUGCAUUGGAUCAAUCUAUAUUAGAUCCCUUUUACACUUGGCAUAAAAUUCCCUGAGCAAAUGGAAGAUAGAUCAAGAACAGCUACAUCAUAAAACGCCUAUGACCUCUGCCUUUUUUGACGUAAAACCCAUGUCUGCAAUGGAAUGUUCAUACAUCCUAAUAUGAAAAUACCUGAGUUUUGUGACCAGAGAUUUUUUUUUUUAAUCUAACACAAAUUAUCUGGGAAGUUUAUGAAAACACAACAGUCCUAAUGUUCUUAUGUACAUAUUGGCUAAUAUACACCAAGUUGUUUCAUGAAACUUGUAUUUAGACUGAAUUAUGUUAUAGCAUGGUUUAACCAUACCACAUCACAGCACAGUAAAUACAGUGUGAUUGCCACCUAGUGGUAAAUCCUGCCUAUAUCAAAUUGUCUAAAAAGAUCUACAACACAUACAUGCAGUUACUACACUUUGAUUCAGACUAUAAAGGCUGCAUAAUGGAAACACAGUAUCAAUUACAGCUAAAGCUAAUAAUAAUUUUAUGUAACUUAGUGUUACACAUCUAUAUUUAAUAGUUUGAUAGGUUCCAAAGACCCUGACUGAAAUGUGACUUCUAUUCACCACCUAUAAAAUGUCAUGCAAAGGAACCAAUGCCAUGUUUAGUAUAACAGAGACAAUUGUUGCAACCAUGCUAAACAUAAUUAUGUUCUCAACACAUUUGUUAUUUUCUUCUUUGGAUUGGGUCAUGGGUGGCAAUCUAAUGCGAUGGACUGAGUGGGACUUUUGGUUGUCACAAAUAGACGAGAGACGAGAGAUAUAUGAAACAUGGAAGAAUGCAGUUUAAAUUGGAAUGCUGCUUAAUGGACAAUUGAAAUACUGUAUUUUAAUUGGAAUUUUAUUGCUGAGUAUAAAUGGGAUCAAGGCUGAUCUAUGUUCAUAGAAUUGAGGUAGUGACUGAUUUGUAAUGUACUAGUGUGAGUACUGUAAUAGCUGCUAACAUUGUAACUGUAACUGUGCAGUGUUAGAAGUGAUACGGUAUCCUUGUUGUGUUGUAAAACUGUGAAUGUUAUGGAUAUAAGGAAGCACUACACACACACACACACACAUAUUUGCUUCCUCAUAUAACCAGUCAUGUGCAAUUCCCUCUGUAAGAGGGUAUAUAUGCACAUCCAAAGUCUUCCUGUAGGGAAAAGCAAUACUGUGGAGGUGAUCUGUCUGUUGUGUGUACUUUUCUUCCCCCAUACCUUUAACCCAGACAAAGCAUAACAAGUAGGUGGUUUCAUGUAGGGAUUGUGAUGCAUAACAUGUAUAUCUGUGGCCACAGUUCACAUUGUUUGGUCCCCCCUUUUAUUUCUGUGAUCCCUGAUUUUUAUGUUUCCUGGAGUGAAGCCCAUUACCCUGCCUUACAGUUCCUGGAGAUUCUUUCUUAUCCCUGACUUAUCUCUUUGGAUUUAUUGUACAAGUAAAACUACUGACAUAGGGAAAAACCUCCAUAUCAAAAUCCCCCCAGCAAACCAGACACAGGCACAUGAGGAGGGUGUAAGGGUGAUGUUCUGUUUUAAUGAAGGCCAGGUACAGUACGUGUGUGAUAAAUAAGAUAUAAUGUUACCUGAUUUAAUGUAUGACUGCGGUCUAGAUCUAGUUGUGGAACAGCUGCCUUCAUAACCCCAUCACAUUGCACUACGUUAUGAAAUCAACAAAUGCAUUGGCUGUUUUAACAUUUCAAAACAUGAUUUUCGUUUUCUCCUUGGUACAUUCUGACCUGCAUGACUUUCUACAAGAAAUAUAUGCCCUGAUCCUUACAUGAGUCUUGAUGUCAACCGACUGCUUGCAGUGAUUGUUGCGGUACUGAGUCUGCGUUGUACAGUGUGGGAUGCUCCUCUGCAGUGGUGCAAUACACAGCACAGUAAAUACGGUAUGACUGCCACCUAGUGGUGAAUGCCUAACACAUCAAAUUAUCUUCUCUCUGGCAGAAGUUGAUAAGACAUGAAAGAAAACAUGUGCUUAUUGCAUUUUGAUUCAGACUAUAAGCAUAAUGAAAAAACUGUGUCAGUCACAAAUAAUGCUAAAUUUAUAAUUUUAUUUAACUGAGGGAUAAAAUCAUUGCAACAGUUUUCACAGUUGAAAAAAUGUAUGAUCAUAAAUAUCACUGAAACUGUUGCCAAUCGCUUUACAUAGCGCUACUACUUAGAUUGUUUAUAAAUACGUAACUUAAUCCCUGUGCCCAUUUGGCAUUUUGUCUGCAUUUAAUAAUGGGUGAGUUGUAAUGUAUAAGUUUACACAAAAUCUCUUAGGAAAAGGAUACAUGAAACAAUUUGUACAAACAUGAAUCCAUCAAAUUGCUCCCAGUUGACAGCUAUAAUGAGCAUUUAAUAGUUACAGCUAGUCUUAGUGUUAGUAUCACAUUAUUCAUGAAAAUAGCAAAGUGUUGGGAGUUCUGAUUAACCACUAUGAUUCCUUAUAGAGUUAGUAUUGCUCUUACUGCCAGAGCGGCUGAAACUCAUACUGCCAAUCCAAGAGUCUCAUGUCUGCUGUUGUUACAACACUAUUACAGUGACACAAAACUCACUUUGUAUACUUACACUAUAUAAACAUACUGUAUUACUGUCUUCCGCUGUAUUAAUGGCAUUUCAGUACUGAAUUGUAUAUGAUAUUGCUCUACACUACUUAUUUGUUUCUAGUGGUUGAAACUCACACUGCCAAGCCAAGAGUCUGACGUCUGUUCUCUGCUUCCCACAUUCCACACAGAUCAAAAUAUCAACCACUGAUCUAAUGUCGGUCUAGUUCAGCAAAAAAAAAAAGAAAAAAAAGUUUUACUAAAAUCCUGAUCAUAGGGGAUGAUAAAUAAAUGAGAUGAAAUACGAGCAAUAUGUUCUUAUUUUGGCACAAAAACGACUUUUUCCAUUUUAAGAAUUUUGAGUGAACAAAAUGAAUAGAAAUGAUUGUUAGCAAUCCCAAACUAUGAUGCAUAUUGUGAUAUAUUUACAAGCCUGGCAAACUGCCUCCUAUAACUCUUGAAACAGAUUAUCUUAUAGACCAAGGCUAGCUAGCUAGAGAUUUGAAUUAUAAGCACAGGCUGACACUGACCUCUCCACAUUUCCUCACUGCAGUCAUGCAUUUUGAACAAUUUCAGCAACAUUUUUUACACAUCCAGCUACUGCAAAUGUAAUUCUAUCUUAAUCCAAAUAACAAACUCAUAUCUACACAUCUUUAUCUUAAGCUAUCUAACUCCACUAAUGGUUCACAGAUGAUAGUACUUCAUAACAAGUCGAAAUCUUGCAGCAACUUCCUAUAUUUUGCUUACAUCAGCACAGUUCAUUCAACAUACACACACACACACACACACACACACACACCCACACAAAGCAAAUCUGUAAUCCCAGGAUUCCUGGGAUCAAACUUUUCUCUGAAUGUUCAGCUGUUUGUCUGUGUUUGUGACCAUGUUGCUCAUGCUCCCUUCAUGACUAUGCACCUCAAACUUUUGACUUGUUAAAAAAAUACAUAUAGAAAAUAAAAUGUUGAUUGAAAUUCCCAGA